AUGCUCCCCCAUCCUUCAUCACUCCGUUCCGUCCUUUCCUUGCGAUGUCUGUUCAACGGGUAUGGCCCGCGUCUCCGGCCGUCCAGAGAACAGACUAUCCUACCAAGAGCCGUACGGCGCUCCUCACAACCACGUUCCGAGUGCCACUGCCGGCCAGAAACUACCCUUGUAGAAUACUUCGUCAGAAUGACACUCUGACGGCUUUUCCAGCCAAUCAGAGGAGGGUAACAUCGCGCGCGAUUGACGGUCGGGAUUGGUCGAGAAAUAGCGUUCGGGGUGGCGGAGGUGAGAGGAAGAGCCCGCCGUUCGGAAGGGAAAGAGGGGAAGGGGAACGUACCGGUACGGAGGGGCGGAAUGCGGUAGGGGAGGGGCGAAGAGGGACACUGUGGGAGAGGGGAGGAAGGGACAGAGACGAUUUGCCAGGGAGUGCGGUGUGGUGCAGAGAGGCAGGAGAGGGAAGGGAAGCGGUAGAGAGGAGACAGUUGGGCGGGGGACGAGGGGCCGAAAGUCGGCCGAAAGGCAGCAGUGGCAUCGGUCGAAAGCCUUCCGGUGUGAAUGCGUGGGUGGCUUCUUCGUGGGAGAGCAGAGGAAAUGGCGAAUCUAGAUCAGAUGCAGCUGAGGGAAGAGAUAAGGGAGGGGGGCAGAGGGGGGGGAGCAGUAGAGUGGACACGUGGGUGGCACCAUCGUGGGAAAGGAAAGGGAGCAGAACGGAGGAUGCGCCGGGGAGGGGGGCAGAACGGGGAAGAGAAUCAAGCGGGGGGCUGGGGGGAAGGAGCGGGAGAGGUUGGGGGGAGAGGGCGAAGAUCCUGAGGAGGGAGGAGGAGGAAGCGGAGAGAGGGAGGCAGGAAGGGGUCGUUUAAAUGAGCAGUAUCCCUGGCAGGAUCCGCGAGUCAGUGAAUCAUUAUUUGAAUCGUCAGGUGAAUCGUCAGGUGAAUCGUCAGGUGAAACAUCACGUGAAGAAUUGCCGUCUGGUGACCAAUCAGCGUCCACAGCGGUGCAAGUGCUGGCAACAACAGGCGAGCUAACAGCAGCAACCGCAGCAGCAGAAGAAGAAGCAGCAGCAGAUGUGGCUUUAAGUACUUCUGCAGCAAGGGACAGCAUGCGGACAGGGGGGACUGCUGGUCACCCAGACGCUCAGCAAGGGAAAGCCUGGGCUAUUGCACAAACCACUGCAGCCCAUCCCAAAAAGUCUACUCCAAUCAGUCAGAAAGUGCAGGGUCUGGGCCUGCAUGGUGGUGGGUUGGCAUUGAGCCACGGUGGGCUGGCAGGGCCUUCAAGCAGCCAGGAGCAGUGGCCGUGGGAGGAAGGCGGGGCAGAGGACAGAGGAAGAGAGGGGGUAGGUACCUGGGGAGAAAGUGGAAGGGGAGGAGACGGAAAGGGAGAAGGCAGCAAGGAAGAGGGCGCAGUUGACAAGCACGAACGGAGGCCUAUAAAGGCUACGGAAGAGUUGAGGCCAUUGAGCGAGAGAGCAUUUGAUGAGAGAAGGUUGCUGAGGGGAGAAGCAGCUACGCAAGUAGUUGACUCUUGGGGAGCGCAUGGUGCUCCUGCUGUGUUUUCUGAUCGCAGUGCUGCUGCUGAUGGUGGUGUUAAGAGUGUGUCCAACGGGACGAAAGCUGUCAGCUAUGGUAGCACCAGGAGCAGCAGCAGCAGCAGGAGUUCAGAUCGUAGCGGCAGCCCAAGUCGCACACUGGAGUCUUCUAAGCGUCCAAUGCUGAAGUUCUCUGACAACGGCAUCCCUGACUUGCCGCCUCCAAGCAGCAGCAGCCUGGAAGUUUCCCGAGACAGCCCUGUGGCCCGAGCGCUGCAGGAGAGGCGCAAGGUGGUGAAGGCAGCGCUGAUGUCAGCAUUCAUCGAGGUGAAACUGGGGAAGGUGUAUUCCAGGGAGCUGAUCCGGCACCUACCUGCCUUCAUCGACCAU